AUGAACUCCCUUCCACUACGCACCAGAGCGUCAACGCUGCGUCUCCGCAGCCUUCAUUCACCACGCUUAAGCUCCAUCGCGGCCCCCAGGAGCUUAUCCACGCUAACAUCUGGAUACCUCCAACAAAAGGGGCCUCAGAUCAAACCCAAUCUGGGCAGCCGUAAUCACUUGAAGGCAUUACCACAAAUUACACUCCAACAAAAGGCUGUUCAAACACGGCAACACAGCACCACUUCUAAACCAACAGCGGACGCUUUAAUCGAGGAGCUCCAAGACCUCUACGAAAUAGCCAAAGAUGAAUUCGAAAUCGCUACUGAAAGCACAGACGGCGGCACAAUCUACGCAGCCUCGGACCGCGACUCGGCCCGCGAUGCCCUAAACGAGUUCUGCGCUACCUACUUCCUCUAUACCUCCCGCCCGGGCGAGGAGGAUACCGGUGUGAUUCUGCGCUCUGGGGAGGCGAUGAGUGGGACUAGGCUGCGGAAUGCAGAGGUUGUCUCCCUUGGUGAGGAUGGGGAGCAGGGGCCUGUUGUUGAUACGGCUUUUGAUCCUGCGAGUGUGGAGGAUGCUGUUAAGGACGAGGUUCGACGGAGGAUCGGACAGCGGGUUAGGGAGUUGAGGAAUGCUGUUGAGCUUUUGGAGGAGAGGGCUUAUGAGGAGUAA